UGACUGGCUGACACCCUGACAAGGAGGAUUUCCUACAAGGUGACAGUCCCCUUUAAUGGAUUCCUGGGUGAUGAUCGCUGUGAUAGAGGAGACGUGCCUGGACUUCCCACACAAGGCUGUGCUGAUGGCAAUGCGUUACUAAUUGUCGGGAUCCUCACCUCCUUGGCCAGAGCUCUCAGGGGAAGACCCCCCAUAGCACUCAUUCUUCUUCAACUUGACUUUUAUUUGUUUCCUCCCACAUCCAAUUCGAUGUGAUCAGAUCCAGCUCAUGGACAACCUAAACUCUAUAUAAGACCCAUGUGGUGGGACUGGCAUGGUUCACAGUGACUUGGAGGAGCUGCAAACUUCUCAUCUCUCUGCUAUAGGGGACCCUGAAGAACCCAGCAAGAGCUGUGGAUCUGUACCUGACUGCUGGAUGAGAAGAUGAGGGAUGUCAUGUACAGCGCAGUGCUGGCCAUUCUGCUCCUAUUGCUCUCCUCUGGAUACUGCAAGGACAGGACUGACUCCAAUAACCUCACAGACAAAACUCUGCUCAAAUUUAUCAUGAAACUCAUCAAAGACUUUAAGAAGUAUAACCUGGAAGAGGAGAAUCAAGUGCAAUAUCCCUCCAAACAAAGUUAUUACCAUGAGGGGAAGGAGGAUGUUGAGUAUGGAGCCUAUCACGAGCAGAGAGUAGAAAUCGUUCCUCGAGAUCUUCGGAUGAAAGAGAAGUUUUUAAAGCAUUUAACAGGUCGACUUUCCUUCACAAGUCCAAAUUGCAAUAAACAUUUUCGAAGGCUUUACAACAGCACGAGAGAUUGCAUGAUUCCAGCUCAUUAUAAAAGAUGUGCAAGACUCCUUACCAGAUUGGCCGUAAGUCCGAUGUGUAGUGAUGGAUAACACACUAUAAUAAGACAGAAAACGAAACACCCUGAGAACUAAAAAAAGAGUGCCUUGGAAACUAACAGGAACACUUAUAUCAUAUUCCAUUGUGAACAAAUAAAUUUAUUUUUGCAUAUUGACAAAUUUAUGUACUUCCAUGUCUCUUCAAACAUGCAAUUGUAUGUCCAUUUUACAGAUGUUGUGUAACUGCCAAAAGUACUGAUAGUUUCAUGUUUGUGACACCUCAAUGACUGUAAAAGCAGCCAUGUUCUCGGCUGAGCCAAUAUGAAUGAGGAUUGUAGUCAUACCAAGAAGUGUAAUGAGGGCAACUUGUUCUUUCUUAUGAUUAAAAAUUAUAAUGCUAGGUAGUGCAAUCCUCUGCCCACUCCUAAUUUCAGUUAUAAUCGUGCUGUACUUUGCCUCUUGCAAAGUUUUCAGUUUUGUUGGUUACCACACUGUGCAUACUAGGAUUCUCUCUAAAGUAUGUUGGAUCGAAGAAGUAACGCAGGCAUGGUUUUCAGCAGUCGAUAACAAGGUCACUUAGAAGAAUCUCUGUGAAGGCAUCAUGUACCCACAAAUUCCAUGGGUUCUUCAAAAGCCCAUACAAACAUGAAGACCUGCUCAAAUCUAGCACCAUGGUCCUACAAUUUUAGGGCAAAUUUGUUUCUUGUAUACAUACACAUAUAUACAUGUUCUCUUUUCUCACCAAAUGCAUCUGACGCUAUAGUGCUGAGGACUUCAAAUACCAUCCAAAAUGUUUCCCAAAAACACAAAUUAGCAUGUUCUUCAUUAAUGAUGUGAAACAGAACCUAAGUAGUGGGGCAACGUUUUUUGUAAAAUUCCAGUGAGCAGAUGCAGGGCCACACAUAAUCUGGAUUCUCUGAAUGAAAUCACCCCUUCCUAGGGGAACCUGCCACUGUUAAAUUGCUUGUGAAGGUUAUCCUUAGCCUUGCUUUGCUAAAUCAUCUCUUUUUCACACAGCACAUCUGUUUUCUUAUUGGGUAUACCAGCACCUGAUAUGCACAUGCUUGGCUUGGGUUAAUGAUGCACAAAAUAAUGAAGAAUAGAUAAUAAUGGCAGUUCUAAAGCUUACAGCUACAAAAAUAAGUCAAGCCGAAGCAAAUCCUAUAUUUCUUUCCUAAUAUAUUUGUUGGGUUUCUGCUAGAUUUAAUCAGCACCAGAAGCUGCAACUGCAAUAACGCCAAUAGUGCCAGCUGCUGAAGAUGCCUAUGGAAAGAAUUGCAUUUCAGUUGCUGAGCUGCAGUUUUCCAGGCAAUGAAAAGUAGAAUGAGGGACCAACUGUUCUUUACAGGGGGCAGCAAGAGUAUAUGACUCAUUUGAGCUACAGUAUAGGGCAGUGAUGACGAACCUUGGCACCCCAGAUUUUUUGGAACUACAUUUCCCAUGAUGCUCAUGCAGUCUGCAGUGUAGUUGAGCAUCAUGGGUAAUGUAGUUCCAAAACACCUGGGGAGCCCCUGGUAUACGGGAAUCCCAAGCAGACUGUCUAUUACAGUGCACCUAUCAGCACCCUAAUGCUGAUGUCAUAAUAAGGAUUCUGCUCCUGGCAACACACUAGCAUUGUAAGAAAUUAACUUGCUAACCUGGGAACAGUGAUGGAGUAACUCUUUGCUAGUCCAGCCAGAGAUGGAAUGAUCCCACAGAAAAUAGUAAGUGACCAUCUAAGUGAUCCUGCCUUGACAAGUUGUAAACAGGACAUGAUAACUUGAUUCAAGCACUAGCACAAGGCAGUUCCUUGCACAUACCUUUAGAUACGUUGUACUGCAGCUGGGAAUCCCAAAUUGUUCAAGGUUUGAUACUUAGCUCAUUGCUAGUUCCAUCCAUUUAGUUUGCUUUUUUUUCAAACUCAAUUUCAUUGCGGGCCACAUCAGCAUUAGGGUUGCCCUCAAAGGG